UUUUUCAAUUGACGCGUUGACAAUGGGCAAACUUGUACUCUACGGUCUGCUGGCUAGUCCACCCACGCGCUCCUGCUGCUUGACACUCAAGGCAUUGGAUUUGCCCUAUGAAUUUAUUACCAUUAAUCUAAUGGUUGGUGAACAUAUGUUGCCCGAAUAUUUGCAAAAGAAUCCGCAGCAUACGGUGCCGCUGCUGCAGGAUGAUGAGCUGUAUCUAUGGGAUUCGCAUGCCAUCAAUGCCUAUCUGGUGCGUAAAUAUGGCAAAGAUGAUGCACUGUAUCCAAGUGAGCUGGUGCAGCGCGCUGUUGUGGAUCAACGCUUGCACUACGAUACGAGUUUGAUGUUUACGGAUUCGUUACGUGAAUUAACCAAGCGUUUGCUUUUCUUAAACGAAAGCAGCGUGCCGCAGUCAAAAAUCGAUGGCGUUGCUGCUGUCUAUGACAUGGUUGAGAAUUUUCUAGGCGAAAACGAUUACGUGGCCGGCAGCGAGUUGACCAUAGCUGACUUUAGUUAUGUCACAUCCAUAGGCGGUCUGACGGCCUACUUGGCACUAGAUGCAGCUAAGUAUCCAGCUAUUACAGCUUGGUGGGAUCGCAUGAAGCAGCUGCCUUAUUAUGAGCAGGCAAAUGCUGAGGGCGCUGCACAAUUUGAGGCUAUGGUGAAGGCUAAAACUUAUACUGUGGAACCUUAAAUAAAAACAUAACAAAUUAAUUGCUGCACGCUGCAAAUAUAAAUUUCAAAAAUUUGCUUAUUCAUGCAAAAUCAGCGCAAAUUAUCAAAUUUCAAAGCAUAGGCGCAUAAGCUUAUCAAAGAGCGCAACUUAGAGCGCUGCGCUUUCUCUCUUAAAAUGGCUGCCAAAGAGCAGCUAAGUUAGUUUGCAUUACUUAAGCUUAAGCUUUAGCUUGCUUCGCUUACACACUUGUAUUUCAUGAAUUUCUAACAAUUUACAAAUGUAACACUUACUCUUGAAAAUUAAAUAAAUAAAUUAGCGCUUG